AGUCACAACAAAUUGGCUCCGAUACCGGGACCUCAUGGGCAAAGGUGAUCUCUAGUUGGUUCACUUCUGAAGGUUUGGAUCUGGACGCGGAGUUGAAGCGGUUGUUCGAAUCUAUAUGUCCUGUUACUGAUGGCGGUGAAGGUAUCUCGGCCGAUCAAGCUUUUAAUGAUGCUUUGGAUCUGGUUCUGGGUCCCGAAGAAGUUCGGCUUCGGGCGGUGCUGCAGGAGAUUACGGCGUUCCGUAUUACUGCUACAAGGAAUAAUACGAGUCCAGCCCGUAAGGCUCUACUCUCUGAUUGGUAUUCUCCUUUCUUUCGCGAUCAUGGUUCUCUUCAACAACGACUUGAUACUGAUUUUUCUGCAUCUCUUAAGGUGGACGAUAUAAGAAAUCGUCCUGUGUAUAAUUCUGUGAAGGCUGAGUAUCCAGUUCUUGAUGACUUCAGUGUCCGCCUGGCAGGUGUUAAAUCUGAAGGUGAUCAGCAUGUUGGUAGUGGUAUUGCUCCUACACCAAUGGAUGAUGUUAUUGUACUGGAAAAUGACGUGGGUUCGAAGACUAUCCGAGAAGCCCGAAAGGAGGUAGAAUCCGUUAAGAUCAUCGACGGUUCGUGUUAUUCCGGCUUUACUGAUAUCCGUAGUUUCCCAUCGUGGCGUCGGAAGUUUUAUGCCCUCUGUGAUUCCCGUGGUUAUAAUGACUACGUGUUGAGGUAUUAUGCUCUGAUGAGGAAUCUUGCUGAUAAUGUUCAACUACGACUCAGGCCUACAGCUCCUCCACCAAAUGCUUCGGCACAGAAGUGGAAGGAGGAGUAUAACCGUCUUAUGAAGGAGUUGGAGGUGUUAACAUCGGAUGUGGACGGUGAUACUGGUUCCUGGAAGGCCGAGCGAGAGCUGUUGGCACUACGACAGACUAAGUCAGAGGCCACGGCAAAUUUUCUCAACCGAUUUGGGACUACUAUAGCGGAUUUGGCCUCUCAUAGUAUAGUCUUGGAUAAUGGUCGUUUGGUUGCUGCCCUUCUAAGCUCUCUCCGACAAGAUGUAAAAGAGAUUGCUGUUGAUCGUAUGGCAAAUGCCGGUGGCCGUCUUACCUAUAGCCAACUGGCAACUGCACUGGUAAUGCGUGAGCGUAUGAUCACUGGGGUAAAGGAGGGGUCUCGUGGGAGCUUGGGAAAGGUUAACUCUGUGACUGAGGCUGGUAAUGGUACUUUUAAAGAAGUGGUAAAAAAGAAGAUAUGCUAUAAUUGGCGACGAUCUGGGAAAUGUCGGUUUGGUAAGUCUUAUAAGGUUGCUCAUACCGACUCCAAAGAUGGUACAGCCAGUGGUCCUCCUAAGCCUCCUAUUGAGAAGUCCUCCGUCACCGUUAGUUCUGUUGAAGUAUCCCUUAAGCAGCCUGAGGUUAGUCAGUCUGAAGAGACCGUGGAGAUUACUCAGCGUUUAUUGAAUAUUGUGGAUGAUGAUCCCUGUGCUGUAUGUGCUGUUUUCAAGACUAAGGAGAAAUUAGCUGGCCCUACUAUCAGUAUUCCCCUUGGUCAGGGUAAGAUAUUGUCUGCUCUCCUGGAUACGGGAGCUUACUAUAAUUAUAUUUCUGCAUCGCUUGUAGAAAAGCUUGGCUUGGCUACAUCUAGUCGAGGAGUGUCUGAGUCAUUACGGGUUACUCUGGCCGACGGUUCUGUUCGACAGGUGGUGGCUGUGGUCGAUGUUGCCAAAAUCCAAUUUAGGGUUCUUCAAGGUGGUCGAAAUAAGAAUGCCAUCUUGGGCGUCAGGAGUAUGUGUGAUUGUGGAGUCACGUUGUCUUUUGGUGUGAACAGUGAGUCCGAGCGGUCGGUCACCGUAAAAGGUGAGUUGAAGCCAUUAAUGACAAAUAGUGAAGCGGGUAGUGAUCCAGUGAAUAUCGUCAACGAAGACUUUGAUGAUGGUCUCAGUGAUCUCUACCAGGUCGAAGCUGAAGAUGACCCUAUUUCCUUAGUUAAUCAGAUCUCUGAUGGUCCUGGUCUUAUCGUAUCUGGUGGUACGCUGAGUCAUCCCUCUAAGAUUGGUCUGCCUAAUGCUAGGCUAGAAACCGAUGGUUGGUAUCCUGUGAUCGGUACUGAGAAAUACCGAUGGCGUAUGAGACGUUUACGUCCUUCUGAGCAGAAAGACACACCAGAGCAGGUUUGUUGUGCUGAAAAUGAUCUUCCUUUGAAGUGUGAUGAUAAGGUAUCGUCAAGACCACGGAGGGACUAUACAUGGGGUUUGUUCGCCAAGUUGAAGAAUGAUGAGUCUGUUGCAUUCCAGGAAGAGCUUGGUAGAUAUCUGAAGAAGGGAUGGUGGCGGCUAUCUAAAGGUGAGGAGGGGGAAGGUCCAUCGCUUUUGGUCUUCCCUCUCCCCAGUCCUGGUCGGAGUACUUCUUGUAGGCCAAUUAUCGAUGCUCGAAGUUAUAAUGAAAGAUUACCGAGAUGUGGUUAUAAUGGUCCGAGUAUCACUCAAAUAUUGAAUGAUUUGAGACUGAGGUGGCGGCCGGGUGGUAGGAUUCGUACUCUGGACUGUGCUCAAGCCUUUUACCGGAUCCAUAUAAGGAAGCCGCUGAGUGCCGAGGAUCAACUUCUUCUACAAACUGCGAGCUUCUACAUCUACCUCGGUGAUAUUACCAUCUACUGUGAUCGAGAAGCUGUUGAUGCUGCAGACCGGUUUGUGAAUAUGAUGGAGAGUGUUUUCCUUCAAGCAGGCUUCGAGUUGCCUGCAUCUAAGCAACAUAAUUCUGAUAAAGAGAUGCAGUUCAAGCAUUUGGGUUUGAACUGGUGCUUUCGUGAAGGAAAUCUCAUGCUGUCCUGCAGAAAGUCGAUUCCUUCGGGUCUUAGAUUUCCUGAUGGUUCUUUCAAUAUGAAAUGGACUGCUCGUCUACUUCUUGGUAUUGCCGGUUGUGGUGGUACUGGUGUGGAUCCCUGUCGAUUGCAUUGUGAAGCACGACUAGCAGGAGAUUUACUCCGGUCCAUCGGUGGGAAGGGGAUGAAGGAGGCAGAUCAGUUGCUCGCGAUUGAGAAUGGCUCUGCUGACUUCAACAUCAUUUCCUCGUGUUUUACGACUCUUGAGGAAUAUUCUGCCCAACGGUGCGAACACUGGUGUUAUGGUGGCUCUAGUUUGGUGUGCUUUGUAGAUGCUUCCCCAGUUGGUUACGGGUGGUGUAUCAAGGUUGUGAAUGGUACGGUCCCUAUAUCUGAUAUUAUUCCGGAACUCUCUAAGCCAAAUACAGAGGACGAUUGGGCCCCCGAUUUCAUCAAUCUUCGUAUAUACGGAUUCUCAACAGCUCUACGGUGGAUGGAAAAUCGUGUUGGUGCUAAGUCUAUUGAGAAGGUUGCUGUACAAAGUGGUAUAACUGUUACCUAUGGUAAAGUUGAGGGUGCUCUGAACCCUGCUGAUCGCCUCAGUAGAUUGGUUGAGAAGUGGGGUCUUACUGCUUCUUUGGGUCUUGAUGAUGUGGAGCCAGAGAGUCUCCUUUCACAAGCUGUAUUGGACACGGACGAAGCCAGUGAUGGUGAUUUGGGGUCCUCUUUGAAGUUUCCUUUGAUACACCAAGAAGAUUAUUUGAGUGUUUUGAGUGGGCAAGAAGAUCCUCGCCAGCGACUUCGUAGCUUGCAACGAGAAUCUCCGGUGUUGAAGACCUAUUGUGAAUGGUUAGAAGCAGAGGCGGCGAAUGAUGUCGAGAAGUACUCUAAUAAGGAUAGAGUACUCUUGAGUGAAGCUACUCGGAAUCUUCGUUUGUUGUCUGACGGGAUCCUUUGUCGACUACAUUAUCCUUACGGUGAUACACUGCGAGAGCCUAUCGAAGUUUAUGUUAUCCCAGUGGACACUGAUCGAGGUCUUCAAGAGGCAAAGCGUAUCACUCGUGCCUUUCACGAGAGGUAUAGUCAUUUGUGCCCAAGGUAUACCAAGCAGCGUAUCACGAAGGUAUUUUCAAUUAAGGGCUUGAAUAAGUUGGUUUCCUGGUGUUGUAAGACAUGUCCGCUUUGUCAACGGUCUGCUACCAAGCGUUUUGUCAAAGGAGAUGAUUAUGCACGUUUAGACCCUGUUGCUCUUCGUGUAUUUGCUGUGGUGAGCGUUGACGUUUGUGGACCGUUUGAAAUCUCCCAAUCAAGGGGAAACAGCUAUGUUCUCGUCUGUGUGGAUUCAUAUCCCCGCUUUGCUCUUGCUCAUGGGAUGCCCGACCAGACGAGCCGUUUGGUUACCUUCACCACUCUGGGUAUUAUGAUGGAGUAUGGCCUAAUUGCUAAGCUAAGAUGUGACCAGGGUCCGGCUUUCCGAGCAGCUUUCUUCAAGAAGGAGAUGCGUGAGGUUGGUACUGUGGUUGUCUAUAGCUCUAGGUUUUCUCCUUGGGCUAAUGGUCUAGCGGAGAAAUCUGUUGGCGGUAUUAUUAUAUAA